ACAAUACUCUACAUCCAUUGACGUGUGGUCGGCCGGAUGUAUAUUUGCAGAAAUGGCAUCUGGAAGGCCCUUGUUUCCGGGAAGCUCGAUCAAAGAUCAGCUUCUGAGAAUAUUUAAAUAUCCUUUUUAUAUCGUUCUAGGUACCCCAACCGAGGAAACAUGGCCAGGAGUUUCAACACUGCCAGAUUACAAAUUGCAGAAUGAUUUCGCGACUUAUUCGAAAAUUCCUCUGGAGACGAUCCUUCCAAAACUUGAUGUUCAUGGCAUUGACUUAUUAAGUCAGAAAUUAAUAGAAUAUCAACCCGACAAACGUAUUAAUGCUGAGGACGCAUUGAAACAUCCAUAUUUUGAAGAAAUUCACAAAAAGGAAUUGUCACAACAAUCCUCUAUCUAA